ACAAAGUUGGUCGAGUCUAGAACGCUUCCGAUUAGUUUAUUACACGACAAUGUAUUCAUCUUUUUGCAAAACAGAAGCGCGCGAUCAUUACGUACCAGCUGUUCCGCCAGAGAAUCAGCUCAACGCUGUAACGAUGGAUUCCAAAUCAGUGGAAGGAUCAUAUUAUGAAGCUUGCACCGCAGCGGAUAGUUUAGGAAAAAUAGGGCAUCUUUAUCAUAAUUUUUACAGUGCGAAACAGGUGAACUUUUAUAACGGAGGAUGUGAUGGGUAUAAUAGUAAUUGGAUUAAAAGCGCCUCGCCGCAAGCAUCUCCAGGAUAUUCCGGAUCAGCUCACAAUCUAAAUCAACAACAGGAGUUCAUACCCUCACCAGAGGACUACCAGUGUCAUGAACUAUCGUUCCAUCACCAGUAUAAUUUCGAAACCCAGUGUGUUCCAGAAUUAAGUGUUAAUGAAUCAGCCGAGUGCGGCUAUAGUGCUAACAAUUACCAUCUACUAAACGGAGUUCCGAGUGCACCAACAUACGAGCAAUCGGAUGCCAUAUUCGACAUAUCUAGCAGUACUACAAACAGCGAAAAUCAGGAGAAGGAAAUCGGGAAUCUAAAUGCUUCAUUCAGCAGCGAUAAGGAAGUGGCAGAAGAAAUAAGUUACUCGGGAUAUUCGGAUGGCCAUGCGGAAAAAUCUCCGACUGAUCAGCUACACCCUUGUGCAUACCGAAGUGAAGCUUCGAAAGAUGUUGAAUCCGCGCCUGUUGAAAACAUAGGUUACUCACGAAGUGAUACUGCACCAAAAACAUCCCCUCCAACCGUCCCGUUGAAGUCUAAUAGGCAAGCUGGCUCUAGUAACCGGAAGGAACGGACAGCAUUUACAAAAUCACAGGUAAAGGCAUUGGAAGCAGAAUUUGCUCAUUCAAACUAUCUCACCCGCCUCAGACGGUACGAAAUUGCUGUUGCCCUAUAUCUCAGCGAGCGCCAGGUGAAGGUUUGGUUCCAAAAUAGACGCAUGAAAUGGAAGAGGAUAAAAACAGGUUGUUCACAGGUUACAACAAAAUAA